GGUUCCGGAUCGACUCGGAAGUAUUAUUCUAUUAUUAUUAUUUUUGCAGUGUGUGGUGAACCAAAGGGGUUCCUGAAAAUGCUCUCUCGGUUUUCAAGGUUUGGUCAUUCCCUGACCCGUUUUCCCUAUAAUAGGUUGUGCGGAACUCGGUUAAUAUCCCAUUCGCCAAACUCCGGUGCUGCUGGUUCCGCCACUGUGUCAGAUUUGCAGCCUUCGCAUGCUAAGGAAAGUCAUGGACACUCCGAGGUCAGCGCGUUUGAGAAGAAUCCAGAUUUUCAUGGGUUCUCUCAGGACCCUAUCGUUGAUGAGUGGAACAUGAGGAUGGCCUUCUUCUUUGGCAUCUCUGUGGCCAUUGUUGUUGGGGGAACCUUCAUCCACUAUUUGCCAGAUCAUGGAAUGAGGCAAUGGGCCAGAAGGGAAGCUGAAAGGUUGAUAACACAGAGGGAGGCUGCAGGUCUUCCUCUUAUGGAGGAGAACUACUAUGACCCAAGCAAGAUUGUGCUACCAGAAGCGGAAGAGAAGAAUACACUAUAAAGAGCUCUACAAUUAUAAUUUGUUUAGUUCUGUGUGACUGUAAAUUUAUCUUCAGUAUAAUCUUAUAAAAUGUCUACCACAGCA